AUUUUUGUUUUAUUUAUCACUCCUUCGAAGAAAAAGCUUUGAAUAAACUUUGCUGUUUAUGUUAAUACUAUGGAUCAAUAGAGAAAUACAAGCGCUAUGGAGAGGAAGAAACGUGCUUUUUCACACCAAGGAACAGAAAGUACAGGAAUGGAAGUAGACCUGAUCGAGCCGCUGAGGGUGGAUACUGGAAAGCCACAGGAAAAGAUAAGACAGUCAAAUACAGGGGCACUCCAGUUGGAAACUGGAUUUCUAUACUGGAGAGGCUCUACAGGGUGAAAAAACCGACUGGAAAAUGCAUGAGUUUACAGUGAAUGAUCCAGCUCCUAAUCAUCAAGUCAGAAAUACUAGAGAUUACAUGAGGCUGGCUGACUGGGUUUUAUGCAAGAUUUACAAGAAAACAAAGAAGCCUAAAGAUGUCAGAAAUCGACAAAGAGACGAGGAAAAUUCAACACUAACUGCUAUGGAUAAUGUUGAUUACGUAAAUAACCACGAUGAAGAUAGGACUGUUCUGCCUGUUAUGGAUGCUGGUUAUGUUGGGGAGAUGGACAAUGUUGGUGCUGAUGCUGUUUUCACCGAUGACUAUAGCCAACAAGAGAUUGCUUCAAGUGAAUUCCCUGCUGAUUUUAACCUCCAUGCUGCUUCAUAUAGCGGCAUGUUUCCCAGUUUGGCCGAGACAUGUGGAGAUCCUGCCUCAGUAUUUUCCAAUUCUGACAACCUGUCAACCCUCUAUGAUCUUUUGAAUCCUGCAAACUUUCAUUGGAACAUUGAUGAUCCACUUUUUGACCUCCAUACUAGCGUGCCAAUUAAUAUUCCAGGAAAUCCUGUUCCUGCUCCCGGCAACCUCGCAAAUCCUGCUUCUCCUUGCAACCUUCCCGCAGCUAAUCACGUUCCUUCUUCGCGCAAUCUUCCUUCGGCAUAUCUUGCUCCUCCUGGCAACUAAAUCCUGCAACCAGUAAGUCAACUUCAGCAGCAGAUAUUGUGCCCAAAAAACAGCCUGCUCUAACGAAUAGGCUGGGAUUGAGAGUUUGAUUCGAAUAGAGUUCUAGAAUGGUUGCCAUCCGCCUUUUGAUACAGCCAACGCUUGUAUCAUUAAUUUCUUAAAAAAGUACUUUAAAGGUUUUUGUUUCCACUGUA